AUGGCGUCUCUAGCUGCUCUGCUGCUCUCGGAGCCGCUGGUGGCGGUGGGCAUCGUCGCUCUCGCGGCAGGCUUGUUGUACUCUCUCUAUCUCUCCCUCCUCCCGAAACCUCUGCCUGGAAUUCCGUAUAAUCCAGAAGCCGCCUCCUCCCUUCUUGGAGACCUUCCUGCCAUGCUGCGAGAUGAGAACGGUCCUAUGGAUUGGAUACUUGAUCAAAGUCGGCGCCAUUCGGGACCCAUCUGCCAAGUAUUCCUGCGGCCUUUCUCCAAGCCCUUUGUCCUCAUCUCGGACUAUCGGGAGGCCCAGGACAUCAUGCUGCGUCGUAAGGAAUGGGACCGUUCCGAUUACACCAUCGAGAUCUUCAGCGGACAGGCUCCGGGUCAUCAUAUCAAUCAAAAGACCGGUCCCGUGUGGAAGGCCCACCGCCGCCUGUUGCAGGAUCUCAUGCUGCCUGGCUUCCUCAAGGACGUGGCCGCUCCCAACAUCUACGCAAGCACGCUCAACCUUGUACGGCUGUGGUCCAACAAGGAGCGCCUCGCCCGCGGACGACCUUUUUCUGCCGAGAAUGAUAUCUUCUAUGCCGCGCUGGACUCGGUAUUGGAAUUCAGCUUCGGACAAGCAUUCCCACACCGCGCUGUGCCGCCACAGCUACGGCAAGUGGAGACGAUGACGGCUUAUGAUGUCGCAUCGACAACGGCAUCGACCACGGAACAGGGCGUCGUCGAGUUUGUACGCGGGCCAUUGCACGAGACCAUCCAGGCCACUCUGCAUGCUUCCAACACCACUGGCGAGUUGAUGGACAGCCCGUGUCCCCGGCUCCAUUGGUGGUUCAAGAGUAAGAUGCCUUCCGAGGCAAGGCAUAUCCGCAUUCGCAACGCGUUUCUCAAGGAGCAGGUGGACAUGGCGCAGGAACGCCUCAACAUGGAGACCAAUCUGCACGACGAGCGCUGGGUGAAGUCAGCUGUAGAUCUCAUGAUGAUGAGGGAGAGGAUCUCUGCACAAAAGGAAGGCCGCCAGCCAGUCUACUGGUCCCCGGCGAUCCGAGACGAGAUCAUCGGGUUCGUUGUUGCAGGUCAUGAUACCUCAAGCACAACAAUGCUUUGGGGCCUCAAGUUUCUCUCAGACAAUCAGCUCGCCCAGGACAGGCUGCGAGCCGCGCUCCAUCAGGCGCACUGGGCAGCCGCUGCUGAAGGUCGUAUUCCAACAGCCCAUGAAAUCACGAGCACACACAUCCCGUACCUCAACGCCGUCAUCGAAGAGAUACUUCGGCUGGCAAACACGCUGCCCAUUCUUGAUCGCCAGACCAACACCGACACGACUCUUUUCGGCCACCACAUCCCAAAGGAUACGAUUCUCUUGAUGCUGAAUCGUGGGCCAUCCUUUACCGAGCCAGGCUUCCAGGUGGAUGAGCGCCUGCGCAGUGCAUCAUGCCAAACUUCGAAGUCCCCCGUUGGCCUGCGCCAGUGGAGUCCCGAUGGCAUGGAUAAAUUCAUGCCAGAGCGUUGGCUGAGGACGGAGCCGGAUGGCAGUCUGACAUUUGACUCGACUUCCGGGCCAUCUCUGCCAUUUGGUCUGGGCACCCGCGGAUGCUUCGGCCGCCGUCUUGGCUACAUGGAGCUGCGCAUCAUGGUGACGCUCCUUGUAUGGGAAUUCAAGAUGGGCCAAUGCAGCUCGGAGCUUUCGGGGUACGGAGCUAUCGAGGCACUGACGCAUAAGCCGAAACAGUGCUAUGUGAAACUCGAGAAGCUGGAAGGACCCAGAAGCUGA